AUGUCGCUCCCCAUGCACCUCCGUGCAUACACGGAGAAGACCAAGGACGAGCAGACGCGCGACUUCUUCAAUGUCCCGCUUGCCGAGCAGCUGCCCGCCCCGAAUGCGACGCCCGUCGUCGUCAAGCCCGCCGCUGGGCGGGCGCGCUCUGGCUCAGCCUCGGGACUCCAGGGCAUGGACAUCAACGCUGUGCUCUCCGUCGAGGGCAAGGAGGACGUAUACGCUGGCAAGCUCUCCCUUCUUCCGCCAUUCCUCUGCUUCAUCUCCAACGACCGCCGAUCAUGUCGUUGCACCUUGCCAUUGUACACGAUCCGAAGAGUUGAGAGACUGAACUCUCGAGCUGGCGUGUUCGCCCUCUCCCUCGCUACGUGGCACGGUAUGCGCAUUCUCACUUCCCUUCUCCCGACAGCCGAGCACUUUGCCGUUCUCCUCCGUGAUGCCCUCAAGUCUCAACUCGCAGAGAUGAAGGCGCUGAAGGGCUUCCUUCCCUCGCUAUACUCCGAGUACUUGCUCGGUGCCGGCUCUGCGACGACGCCGGCGACCGAGUCGCUGAUCGAUGUUGGCGGAGACGCGCAGCAGCAGUCAGAUGAGGGUGACCUGCGCGGUCCAGGCGGUCAAGGGCACGGCACGUACGAGCGCGGUCUCGGUGAGACAUUCGGAUUCCCUGGUGACGCGCGCAAGAUGCGUGAACGAUCAAAAAUGAAACUGUGGCGCGAGUACUUCACUGUUCACGGACGCAACAUGACGCUUCUGCGCUACCCGCCAUUCCAGCGACUACUCCAGGUUGGUCUGCCGUCACGUCUCCGUGGCGAGCUCUGGGAGGUCAUGUCGGGCUCGAUCUACUUGCGCUUUGCCAACCCGAAAACGUACCAGCUCCUGCUCGAGCAGAACGCGGGCAAGAGCUCGCAGUCGACGGACGAGAUCGAGAAGGACCUUAACCGCUCCCUGCCCGAGUACAAGGCGUACCAGACCGAAGAGGGCCUGGCCCGCCUGCGCCGCGUUCUUGUGGCGUACUCGUUCCGCAACCCCGAGCUGGGUUACUGCCAGGCACUGAACAUUGUUGUUGCCGGCCUGCUCAUCUACAUGUCCGAGGAGCAGGCGUUCUGGCUUCUCGAGGUGCUGUGCGACAGGAUAUUGCCCGGUUACUACUCGCCAUCCAUGGAGGGAACGCUGCUGGACCAGCGUGUGUUCGAGUCGCUCGUCAAGCGCUGCCUGCCCAUGAUCCACGAGCACUUCCGGUCUGUCGAUGUGCAGAUCUCGGUCGCGUCGCUGCCGUGGUUCCUGUCGCUCUACAUCAACUCCCUCCCCCUCAUCUUUGCGUUCCGCAUCGUUGACUGCGUUCUCGCCAUGGGCGUCAAGGUGCUGUUCCAGAUCGGUCUCGCUAUCCUCAAGAUCAAUGGCGAGGCGCUGCUCGAGGUCACCGACGACGGCAUGUUCAUCAACCUCAUGCGGACGUACUUCUCCACGAUUGGCGACUCGGCGCACCCGAACCACCCGGACCCGCGAGUUCGCGCAAUCACCAACUUCCAGGAGUUGCUUGUCGUCGCCUUCCGCGAGUUCAACGUCAUUACCGACGACACGAUCGUAACUGAGCGCCGCAGGCUUCGCGCUAUCAUCGCGGAUGAGAUUGAGAAGUUCUCGAAGCGUGCUGCUGUGCGCAACCUGAAGAACGUUGGCCGCUUCAACAAGGAGCAGGUUGGCAUCAUCUACGACCACUACUUCCGCGCGGUUUGCUCGCCCGAGGCUGGCCCCAUCGGACCCGUCCCUGCUCCUGCACCGGGAGAGGUCGAGCAGGCGCGUAUCACGGUUGACGCGCAGGGUCGUGUCGAGACGCGCAUCGAUCUCCGUGGUUUCAAGGUGCUCCUCGCUGGUGUCUGCACGUGGGCGCGCGAGGAGACCGUCACAACCAAUGCCUUCAUCCAGCGCACAGAACGUCGUGUCGCAGACGGCGAGAUCAUCGACCGCCUGUUCUACUCGUGGGACACGCAGAAGCUCGGCACGCUGUCGCUGCAGGACGUCGUCGAGGGACUUGACCGCGUCAUGUCCGCCGGUCUCAUGGAGUCGAUCGAGUGGUUCUUCCAGCUGCACGACAAGGAUGGCGACGGAUACCUGACCAAGGACGAGGUGAUUCGAUUGUCCGAGUCGCUGCUGUUCAUCUUCCGCAACGAGCCCGGAGACAUCUACCUUGCGGCCGUGUCGCGCUUCAUCCUGAACGCGUACGAGUUCGGUGAUGCGACCGCGCCCGAGGGCAGCGUGCCUGCCCUCGCUGACGACCCGCCCAAUGGCGAGAACGAGACGGCGACCGAGAACAGGGAAAGGAGCAACUCUGCCGCUGGACCGCAUAACUUGCCGUAUCUCAGCCUGGCUACUUUCCGUAUGGUUGUUCUUGCCGACGAGCUGCUCGAGAGCUUCUUCGAGACUGACCUCGCGCACUCGUUCCAGCUCGAGGACACGGAGGAGGAGGACUACCACAAGACGCACGCGAAGCCUGACGGCCUUCUCGGCGGUCUUGUCAACCUGGUCGUUAACGACGACGCGCUCGGCAAGCACGCGGAGUGGCGCAAGCCCGCGCUCUCCAAGGCAGACCCGAACGCGCCGGCGCCGGUUGAGGUGCGCGCGCGCGAGUCGCUGCUCACGCCCUCACAGCAGGAGGAGCAGCGGCGGAAGCGGUCCAUGUCGCAGGCCUCGCAAAUGUCGACCAAGACGACAAACUCGGUCUCCACAACAGCCACCACGGGCACCACCGGUACGACGGCGACCGAGACACACACCCUUGCUGACGUCGAAGCGAGGUACAGGGAGGAGAGCGAGAUGGUGCGCGCAGCGCAGGAGGCGGUCAUGCACCGGCCGAACUUUGCCAUUGACGCGAUUGGCGACUCGGACGGCGAGGAGGACGAGACCCCCGAGGACGACGCGGGCGUCAUGGACGAGGUUGAGGCGUUCCUCAAGGCUCAUGGCGGCGAGGACGACACGGGCCUCAAGGGCGAGGAGAGGAAGCAGGCUGAGGCUUCCAUCCAUGACUCCCUAGCUGACAUCAACAGACCUGCUCAAGGCAGAGCCCAUGACGAAACUGACGGGAGCGUCGGGAUCGGCCGAGUAACCGUGGUCCGCGAAGUCGGCGCAGCAUAG